AUUGCAGACUCGAUUUCUCGUUUUCAGUUGAAGAGAUUCCGGGAACUAGCACCCGGGGCCGAGUCGGUUCCAGAAAACAACCCAGAAGAGUUCAGAGAUUUGAUAUUGAGUUUGAAACAAACAGAUUAAUUAAUUGUUCGCUUGCUCCUAAUACAAUUCAAGCUUAUCAACGAGCUUUAAAUGCUUUGGCUAAAUUUAGGGAUAGUUUUGAUUUAGAUCAUAGUUUUCCAAUACCAUUGAACCACAUUACUCAGUUCAUUGCAUACAUGUCUUGCUUGGACAUGGCUCCAUCUACGGUGAAAUGUUAUAUUUCAGCCAUCAGUUUUUAUAAUAAGAUUAAUAAUUACGAAGAUAUGUCUCAAUUAUUUGUUGUAAGGAAAAUGAUUGAUGGAAUGGCAAGGUCAAAGUUAAAGAGACCUGACAGUAGAUUACCUAUUACUAUAGAUCUGUUAAAAAAUAUUAUAAAGAUUUUACCCGCAUUUUGUAGCUCCAGAUAUGAAGCUGUCUUAUUUUCUAGUGCUUUUUCAAUGGGAUUUUUUGCAUUUCUGCGAGUUGGUGAAAUGACAACUGCAUGUGACAGGGAAGGGUCUAAUCAUGCCAUUAAAAUUGAAAAUGUGGAGGUUACUAAUCAUAAUAUAAAAAUAUACUUGGCGUCUUCAAAAACAGACCAGCUAGGUCGAGGGACUUCAAUUUUUGUGGCCCGACAAUCAGAUGUUGGAAUUUGUCCGGUAAAAUUACUGCAAGAAUAUUUAAAGAUUCGACCUCGAAUUAGUGGUCAAUUAUAUUGCCACUUUAAUGGCUCUCCAAUGACUCGAUAUCAGUUUUCAGGAAUUCUAAAACAAGCCCUGGGGUAUAUUGGUUUUGAUCAAUCAAAGUAUGGGACGCACUCAUUUAGAAUCGGUAGUGCUACUUCAGCAACUAUGCUUGGUUUUUCUGACGAGCAAAUUAAAGUAAUGGGUCGUUGGAGUUCUGAUACUUUCAAAAGUUAUAUACGAAUACCACAAUUUUGAAUAAAUUUCGUUGAAUUUGAUGGUCAAUUUAGUAUAUUUCAUGUCAAUACAUACAUGUAUUAAAUUGUAGGCCAAGAAGUGUCAGUAUGGAUAGUAGGCUCAUCUUUGAUAAGAAAUGCAUUUGUACACGCAAGAAGUAGAACAGGUGGUGUAAAUUUAGGUCUCCAUAGAAUAGGAGUCAAAAUUUGGUGGCAAGGGUAUGGUGGCAUGGGUUUAAAAGAUUUGGAAUCGACAAUAAAAAGACUGAUGAAAUAUGAAAAAGCGCCGAAAUAUCUUGUCCUUCAUAUUGCUGGAAAUGAUUUGGGGAAGACAAAAUUAGGAUUUUUAAGGAAUGAAAUCAAGGCCACCUUGGAGAAGGUACAAAGUUAUCUACCGAAUAGUUCGAUUGUAUGGUCUCAGAUUUUACCCAGAACAAAUUGGCGUCAUUCAAAAAGUCAGGAUAGCAUGAUGGCAUGCAGAAUAAGAAUAAAUAGUGCCAUUGCUUCAUUCGUGUUAAAGAAUGGGGGACAUUAUAUAAAGUAUCCAGAUAUUCUUCCUAAUAGUACUUUUUUAAAGGAAGAUGGUGUUCAUUUGACUGAUCUAGGAAAUGACAUAUUUCUAAAUAAUUUGCAAGGUGCGCUUGAAAUGUUUAUUUGUUCUGGUUCUUAUACAUAUCCAGAUACAUUUGGUACUAGUAUGUGUAUAUCUUAAAUAAUUUUAAAACAGUAUUGGCCACAGUCCUAUCGCAGCUUCAUCCCCACUUUAGUGGCGGUUGAUCCGGUACGGUUGAGUUUGACUAUACCGUACCUAAUCAAUUUGGCAACUUCGCUGCGUGUGAUAAACUACAGUUACAGUUGUCUAUAUUUUAGUGACAUUAAAAGUACAUUUUGUGGAUCGCUGUAUCCCAGGAUCCAACAGCUAAGUUAGUUGAUCGCUGUAUCCCAGGAUCAUACAUCUAUCUAUCUAUAUAUAUCUAUCUAGUAUCUGUAGGUUGCCAGAGGUAACCAAAAAAUGAUCUAUACAUCUAUGAAUCUAUCUAGUUGAACAAUUUAUAUCGUUGAAUCUAUAUGUGUACAUAUUUAAAUUUGUGUUAAUAAUAAAAAGCUGUGGUCAAUACUGCCAAUAAAUCUUAGUUUUACAAGCCAUCUCGAAUAAUAGAAUUUAUGUAAUAUACAUAAAUUCGGUUAUUCUAGUGGAAAGUUUUAAUAUCGUCCGUUGCAGUGCUUUCCUUUAUAAAUGCAUAUAUAGUCGAUAAGCUGUAUAGUGGUGACGUCAAUUUGACGUUAGCGUUCUUUUCAACUUUGAGCUGCAAGUGAACAAACGUGUAAUUACAAUACAGAGAGAAGUAUUUUGAAAAUACCCACCCUCCCUCCACCAUAUAUAGUUAAAUCAUGUAGUUUUGUUUGGGUACUGCUCUUUUGUUCUUUUUAUUUUCAGGUACAUGUAUAUACGAGUAGUUAGAGUUCCAGUAUGAAAAAUUCUCCUCCAUUGAUGAUUUGCCAUGUGAUGUCAAAAAUUGCAGUAGUCAGUUAGAUGUUGGUUGUAUAGAAACAUUUGAUCGUUAAAAAGUGAAAAAUGUGUUGGCAACUUCGCUGCGUGUGAUAAACUACAGUUACAGUUGUCUAUAUUUUAGUGACAUUAAAAGUACAUUUUGUGGAUCGCUGUAUCCCAGGAUCCAACAGCUAAGUUAGUUGAUCGCUGUAUCCCAGGAUCAUACAUCUAUCUAUCUAUAUAUAUCUAUCUAGUAUCUGUAGGUUGCCAGAGGUAACCAAAAAAUGAUCUAUACAUCUAUGAAUCUAUCUAGUUGAACAAUUUAUAUCGUUGAAUCUAUAUGUGUACAUAUUUAAAUUUGUGUUAAUAAUAAAAAGCUGUGGUCAAUACUGCCAAUAAAUCUUAGUUUUACAAGCC